UAACUAGGUUAGAAACGAACCCGGCCCACGUUAGCUCAAAUCGUAUCCCACCUUGCUUCCCUUGUCUCUCCGGUACUCUGCCCUCCCGAGGAUCGACGAUCAUGGCGACUCGUCUCUUGGCCCGAUCCAAUACCCUAACCCUAGCCCUAAACAGGACCUUCGUCAUUCAACAAUCACAAUGCCUUCGUCAUCUUCACUCACUCACUUCCCCCCUCGAUCUCGGAUCGUAUCAGCCGUCGCCUUCGUUUAGAUCCGCUCUCAGGCCCGGUCUCGUCGCCGCUUCUUCAUCACCGGCGAUCUCCUCCGUAAUUGGAUCCAAGAAGAUUCUGGGAUAUGAAAAAACUCUACCUCGCUGGUUUUCUGCAAAUUCAGCAAAGACAAAUCCCACUCAAUUCCUGCUGAAAGAAGGUGCUUAUACUAUGCAGGACACAAAGGAAGUCACUAGUUUCAGUCCGUUGGAAACAAUCUCCAUCAAGCCGAGGAGCGGUGGAUUGGGAAAUGAAAGCUUGAAGAUUAAGAGAACUGAGCUCUCACAAAAGAUCACAUUUGCUCUGAUUCCUGCUCUUGUUCUCAUAUCAAAGUCAUCUCUAACUACUUCACUGCUGGUUCUUUCAGUAUACUGGCAAAUACAUGGGUUUUUCAAGGAGAUAUUCCUUGAUUAUGUUCAUCAGGAAGUUACUAGGAAAUGGGUCUUGGUAUAUUUCAAUAUUCUUCUGCUUAUCUUAGCCAAGGACACAUUCCUUGACUUUGGUUUAGUAUGAUUUUUUUUUGAAUGAGAAUAAUGCUGAAAAAUAAUGCAGGAGGGACACCGAUAAGAGUUUUGACCUUCUCUACUCAAAUUUGGCUUCCAAUUUUUAUACUGUGCGUUAUUCUGUUUUCAUUUAGGUGGCAUUGGGAGAAAAAUGAAUGGCAAAUUGGGCUUUCCUUUCUAUAUUAUCCCUAUUUUAUUAUGUUUAUAUUUUGGUGGCGUGGGGGAGAAUAAUGGAUGGGUAUCAGCAUCUGUAUUUUUGUUGGAAUAAGUGGAUGUUAAUGAAUAUAUUUUGACUUCUGUAUUCUGAAAAAUAAAAUAUAGUCCUUCUAUAUUCAAAGUUUUCCCUUUUUAUA